UUAAAUUUGUCAUUUUUGGUGAUAAUUUCUGUAAAAACUAAAAAUUAUAACUAUCUCUGGAAUAUAUUGAUCUUUAUGUAAAGUUUUGGGCACCAUUUUGUAAAUAAUUUUAAUAUAGUUUUGGCAAGAAUACAUUUAUUUGUAAGUAAAUAGUUUUAAAUAGUUUGUAAAUAAAUACUUCAUUUAUUAACUUUCUCCUUGUUUGUAUUCAUUGAAACUUCUUUGAAGUUUUCAAAAAUAGGAUAUUAUUUUCUGAUUUCUUGAUUAGGUAAGAUUUGGUGACUUCUCUGGAAUCAUUGUUUUUUGCCACUUCUUUGGUAUAAAGAAACAUCAUAAGGAACCUUUGUCAAAUCAUUGAAAUUAUCCAAAGGAGCCCACUUUCUCUAGAGGGAAGAGUGUGUAAAAACAUUUAAAAUAAGGUUUAAUUAUAUGUAGGCAACCAUAAACACAUAGUACAACCAAGUGCUAACCUAAGUCUUAAUAAAAACCAAUGAACAAAAGCUAUAAAGUGGUUUAUUUAAAUAGGAAAGGAUUUCUACCUUUUUAAGAGAUAGGGUUGCAACAACCAACCUGUAUUACAGGGGAAAAAAGUUGGAAAAAUUUAUACAGAUCACAAAAUACUAUGGGAAUAUUUAAAUAGUUUUUCAAGCAAAGGAGACUAUAAAAUUGCCAACUAGUAAAGAAUAAUCUCAAAUGUCUGUCAUAUGGUGUUUGCAUCUGACUCAUUAAUCUUUUCAAAUGUUAGGUGUUACGUGUAGAGAGAAAUGAGUCAUUUAUUGUUUAAACAAGGGAGCAGCUGUUAGUUUUUUCUAGUAUGAUAAAACGUAGUGGCAUCUAUAAAUGGAAAAAGUCAAUGAGCUCUUCUUUCAGCUGUUGUUUUAGCAGCUGACAGUACUACUGACUUCACCAUGAUGUAAAAUGAGAGAAAUCUUUACUCAUGGAUAGAGAUCUUGAAGUUUAAAACUACAUAAUUCCCUGAUCUAAGGGCAUUCAUUUAUUCAACAAAUAUUUAUGGAGCACCCACAAGGCCCUGGAGCAAUAGCAUUGAACAAACCAAAUUUUAAAAAUCUGUGUCUUCAUGGAGCUUAUGUUCUUUUAAGCGUGUUUAAGAAUACCAACCUUUGAAAUUACAGUAUUUUUACAGCCCCACUGCGUUCAGAAAAUGUGACUAUAAUUUUGUGAUAAAGCAUUUCAUGAACAAAUACAUGAUCCUAUCUGUAUAUAAACAUCAAUUUUCUUUCAAAUCAUGCCUUCUGCAUUUCAUAAUAUGUUCUAUUAUAAUCGAUUUAAAUUAUGAUCCACUUAUACAUUUUUUUUCUUUUUUAUAUAUAAGACCUGUUUUCCAAAUUAUACAGGUGAUAUGACACUUCGUCCUGAUUUUGCUAUGUUCUAUUGAUAACCUUGUUUUCAUGGGGUUACAUCUGUUCUAUUUUUUAACUUUUUCUUUAAUGAAAGAUCAUCUUCAACACCUAAAAUCACAGAAUAUCUUUAGUGACCAUAUUGUUGCAUAAGGGUUGUUUAUUUCCUCAGCAUUGACUUUAAACUAUUUCUUUUUUGUUUUGGUCUUGAGUCCUUUUAACCUUUUGCCUUUACUUGUUUUGUUAUUAUUUUCCACAUCAAAUACUUUGUAGAGCAAGGCAGAGUGUGAAUAAAUUAAAUAAUUUUAUAAUUUAAUUCAAUACUAGUAUCCAAUAUUAAUUACAGUUUUUCUACUUAAGAAUAAAGAUAUUUAGAAUGUCUUAGAAAAUGAGCAGUUUCUCUGCAUUUAUUUCAUUAAUGAGGGGGUAUUAUUUUUGAGGUUUUCUUUUUUUAAACUAGUACAUAUGUAGAAAUCUUUAAAUUUCCUACUUCUGUAAGAAAAUUAUAUAAAUACUGUUUUAAGUCAAAAAUAAAAAUUUGUAACACUUAUUGGAAAGAGGAUCUCACUUAUGAGUAUUCAAAUGAACUCACCUCAUAUUCUUGACCUUUGCAUCAUUAAUCCAGAUAGCCAAGUAGCUUGCCACUAGACCAUUUUUAGUGGACUGACUCAUUUUUAUGAUUCAGUUUUCUGAUAGUUUAAUAAACAUUUUCUUGUGGUAGCCUUUAUUAGCAUAUCUUCUAAUGCUUUUAAUGUUUUAAAGCUUUCCACUUCAUUUAAAUCUCUUGUUUCUUAGCUGUUUCCUUGGUGAUAAAAAGUUUCAGUUGUUCCUUUCGAUCUUUAACAGCUGCAAGAACAACUCUUCUUUCCAAACUAGCUCUCCUAAAUUCCCGUUGUUAGAGUUGGUAUCUAUAUUUAGCUGGUGGGAUUAAAUUGCAAAGGCUUCAAGCUGGGCAAAGCACACUGAUCUGCCUUUUUACAGCUAGACCUGUGUGCUGUGAGGAGCUAAAGCCUUCAGUGUCCCCUUCCUUACCCAGGUUACUCACAAAAUGGAUUCCCAGCGGGAACUCGCGGAGGAACUGAGGCUUUACCAAUCCACCCUUCUUCAGGAUGGUCUAAAAGAUCUCCUGGAUGAGAAAAAAUUCAUCGAUUGCACCCUAAAAGCAGGUGAUAAAAGUCUUCCUUGCCACAGAUUGAUUUUGUCAGCUUGUAGUCCUUACUUCCGUGAGUAUUUUUUAUCUGAAAUUGAUGAGAUGAAAAAAAAGGAGGUAGUAUUAGAUAAUGUGGAUCCUGCUGUACUGGAUUUAAUCAUCAAGUACCUCUAUUCUGCCACUAUUGACCUCAACGAUGGAAACGUUCAAGAUAUUUUUGCAUUGGCCAGCCGCUUUCAGAUCCCCUCAGUGUUCACUGUUUGUGUUUCUUAUCUUCAGAAAAGACUUGCACCUGGUAACUGUCUAGCCAUCCUAAGAUUAGGACUUCUUCUUGACUGCCCAAGACUUGCCAUCUCUGCCCGUGAAUUUGUGUCUGAUCGCUUUGCACAGAUUUGUAAGGAAGAGGACUUUAUGCAACUAUCUCCACAGGAACUGAUCUCAGUCAUUUCAAAUGACAGCCUAAAUGUAGAAAAGGAAGAAGCAGUAUUUGAGGCAGUGAUGAAAUGGGUGCGAACAGACAAAGAAAACAGGGUUAAAAACCUUAGCGAAGUGUUUGAUUGUAUCCGUUUUCGCCUUAUGAAAGAAAAAUAUUUUAAAGAUUAUGUUGAGAAAGAUGAUAUAAUUAAAAGCAACCCAGAACUCCAGAAAAAAAUCAAAGUUCUCAAAGAUGCCUUUGCAGGCAAACUCCCAGAACCAAGCAAAAAUACAGAAAAGGCUGGGGCUGGUGAGGUGAAUGGAGAUGUUGGUGAUGAAGAUUUGCUUCCUGGUUACCUGAAUGACAUUCCCAGGCAUGGAAUGUUUGUCAAAGACCUCAUCCUCUUGGUUAAUGACACAGCUGCAGUUGCUUAUGAUCCCACAGAAAAUGAAUGCUACCUUACUGCUUUGGCUGAACAGAUUCCCAGAAAUCAUUCCAGCAUUGUAACCCAACAAAAUCAGGUGUAUGUGGUGGGAGGACUAUAUGUGGAUGAAGAAAAUAAGGAUCAACCUCUACAGUCUUACUUCUUCCAGCUUGAUAAUGUAGCAUCCGAGUGGGUUGGACUUCCACCUCUGCCUUCCGCGAGGUGUCUCUUUGGUCUGGGAGAGGUAGAUGACAAAAUCUAUGUAGUUGCAGGCAAAGACCUUCAAACAGAGGCUUCGCUGGACUCAGUAUUAUGCUAUGAUCCUGUGGCUGCAAAAUGGAAUGAAAUUAAAAAACUUCCUAUCAAAGUCUAUGGCCAUAACGUGAUUUCACAUAAGGGGAUGAUAUAUUGUCUAGGAGGAAAGACAGAUGACAAAAAGUGCACAAACAGGGUGUUUAUCUUCAACCCCAAAAAAGGAGACUGGAAAGAUAUGGCUCCGAUGAAAACCCCUCGUUCGAUGUUUGGAGUGGCAAUCCAUAAAGGCAAAAUUGUAAUUGCAGGUGGUGUCACUGAGGAUGGUCUUUCAGCUUCAGUUGAAGCUUUUGACCUCACAACCAAUAAAUGGGAAGUAAUGACUGAAUUUCCCCAAGAAAGAAGUUCCAUCAGUUUGGUCAGUCUGGCUGGAUCCCUAUAUGCCAUUGGUGGUUUUGCCAUGAUUCAACUGGAGUCUAAAGAGUUUGCACCCACUGAAGUCAAUGACAUAUGGAAGUAAGUUUUCUUCACUCCAAUUUUCGGAACCAAAGAUAAAAUCAGUUGAUAAUUGAUAAAAUAAACACUUUUGAAGUAAACAGUAAGCUAGACUUUCCCAACAUAUAUGCUGCUACUUGGUGGUAGACUGAAAUACUCUUUGAAUCUUAACUGAACUUUUGCACGUGCCACUUACUUGAUCAAGUACUGCUUCUAAUUAGCUGUGAGCUUGGGAAAGAACUUAUCUGGACCCGUUUCUUAAUCAGUAAAAUAAGGAGAAUGGGACUGUUGAUCUUUCAAGUUCCACUGCAGCUCUAAAAGUGUAAUGCUUUAGGCAUCCAUUAGAGCAAAACUUCCAAGCCACUUACCUUUCUACCAGAGUACUUUAUUUCUUAAGAAAACAGAGUCUUGAAGAAAUAUUUAACCUCUUGAGUGUUCCAUGAAUUCAUUAAUUCUAUUUUAUAUCUAAUUUAACUGGUUUUCUAAUUUUUUGAGAACUCAGUUACAAAAGCUUUUUUGAAAAGAAAAAAGAAAAAAGUAGUAAUCCAUUUUACUUCUCAGAUAAUUGUAAAUUGUGUCAUGAAGAGUCACAUAAUGAGGGGCAGGGUGUACAGUGUGUAGGUGUCUGGUCACCACUGCGAAACCACGUGUCUGCUGAAUUGUGCCUGCUGCCUUCAACACAGACACUGUGCUUGCUGAUCUAAGUUUACAAGAAAUAGAUCUCAGUUGCCUGCGAUGAUAAGUGAGUUCAUGCUGUAUACUCAUCCAGAAAAUGCCAAACUCAUGCUUCUACUCUCAGCUUAAAAGCCAGCCCCCACUCCCAAGGCUGGAUGCCCUUACCUGACCUGUCACAAGGUUGUUCAGUGCUUUGGCAAUCAAAGUAUGGUCUAUGGACCUGCAGAAUUGACAUCUCCUGGGAACUUCUUAGAAAUGCAGAAUUCCAGGCCCUACCCCAGACUUAAUCAUAAAUCUGCAUCUUAACAAGAUUCCCAGGUGAUUUGCUUGCAUAUGAAGUUUACAGGUACAGCUUUGGAAGAGUGAUUAGUAAAGUCAUAGCACUAAGCCUGAAAUGGAAAAUGGAUAUUAUCUGUUCCAUAGACUAGCGCAUGCCUUGUUCCCAGCUGGUGAAAUGGAAGUCUAAGAGGCCAGUAGCUUAACCAAUUAUGUUAUGCAUCUGACAUCAUUCCAUAUGUUGUUGUAAUAGUAGCUAGCUAUGCAGAGGGCAAGGAAAAAAAAUGGCUAUAAAAGGAAAUUAACUAUUACUCCUUCCCCCACCAUCAAAAAAAGGAGGGAAGAAGAGAAAGAAACAGGAGAUUUCCAGGGAGGAAAGAGACUAGAUUUAGCAAGAGGGUGAGACAGAAAAAUGCUGGAAGCAGUAGGAAAAAAAAGGAUGAAAUGGAUUGGUUGAGAAGGUUAGAGUUUUUGGAAAAGGGGAACAGGAACCAAGAAUGAAGAAGCAGUGAUUCUCAACCCUGGCUGCCCAUUAAAAUCGCCGGGGAAGCUUUUAAAAUAUACCAGUGCCUGGACCUUCAUUCGGAACAAUUAAAUACAAAUUUCUAGAGGUAGGGCCUGGGCAUCACUAUUUCCUAAAAUCUUCCUAGGUGAUUCCUAGCAGACAUCCAGGGUUGAUAAACACUGAUGUUAAGGAAGGGUGCCGUCAAUGAGCUAA